AUGAAGCAAAAGGGAAGCCAUGCUAGAGAUGACCAGAAAUAUUUGGUUCCUGUCGCCGGCGCAAUAUUCAUGCUCUUGGUUCUUCCAAAUACGUCAGGAUCACCCCUGAGAUCAGGACAGCCAGGUCUUUCAUAUUUAUCGCUGGGCCAAGGCGAAAAAAGUAACCCUGGGGUAUUUGAUUUUGGUGUCAGAUUGGACAAUGAUUUACAAGACUGUAAUGGAACGCAAUGGAAAAAGACCUUUCCUGAUCUGGAUUUUGCACUUCUUGGAUACGACAUCCUGCACGGUGAUCCCAAUGCUGAAUGUGACCCAGGGUUUACGCAUCCUAUAUUCAAGGCUGAUUAUUCCGAACGAAGACAAAGUGCGGAUUGUCGUUACAGUGUCCCAGUGGGUCUGACAGUGUACCCCUGUCAAUCGUGCUUAGUGUCAUUUGAGUCCAAACUUGUCCGAAAUAAGCAAGAAAUGUCAAAACACCUCGGAGCUGCAGCAAAGUUGGAAGGUGGAGGCUGGGGAUUUCAAUUCUCUGCCAGUGCAAGCUAUAAGAGAGAUGUGGCUGAAAUGUCUUCUGGAGAGUAUGUGCGCGUAAUUUCCAGUGCACAGUGCCAGUACUACCGCAGCCAUAUUGAUCUCACGAGACCUCCACCGUUUCAUCCCGGUUUUAUUGAGUGGGCAACAAAACUAGCUGAUCCGCGGGCUACAGAUGGUGAUGUACUACAGUUCGUCAAAUACUACGGAACUCACUUCUUCUCAGACGUUACAUUUGGUGCAAAGUUCAUCCAAAGCCACAAAAUAAGUCAGGCGGCUCUAACGACCCUAAGGAAAGAAUCCAUCAGCGUGGAGGUCCAGGCGAGCUACUCAGGUUUAUUUAGCAUCGGAGGAGGAUUUUCCAUGGACAGCGAUCAAAGAAACGCCGCCUCAAAGUUUAUGAAAAAUGUACAAACCACAACCAUCACUGUUGGAUCCUCCCCACCCAGCAAUGGAGACGCGAUGACUUGGGCAGCUUAA